UAGCAUCAAUAAGCUCUUUUAAGCUGAUAUGAAGCAUAAGCUGUCAUAGCGAAGGACCAACCUAUCCAUCUAUCAAGAUUAGUUAUUUCAGUUUAAGUGUAGUCUGUGAUCUUUGGUAUUUGUCAUUUAUAUUUGUCUUUGCAGUCUCCUGUUCUUGUUCCUCAGAAAUCUAAACUAUUUUUUUCCGAAGUGAUAAGCGUUUCUUCAAUUUCACCAUAACAGAAGACAAAUCUAAGCGCCUGAGAAAAAUGUCUGCCACUGCAUUAUUUGGAAAUACCUCUGCCCUCGGCGGAAGUUCCGGGGGUAACAAACAUCUGGUAGAAUUCCGUGCUGGAAGAAUGACUUUGAAAGGCCGCAUGGUACAUCCAGACAAAAGGAAGGGCUUGUUGUAUGUGUACCAAGGGGAGGACUCGUUGAUGCAUUUCUGUUGGAAAGAUCGUACCACCGGGGAAGUGGAAGAUGAUCUUUUGAUUUUCCCUGAUGAUUGUGAAUUUGUGCGCGUGUCAGAAUGCACUACUGGUCGUGUGUAUGUGCUAAAGUUUAAGUCCUUCUCUAAGAAGUACUUCUUCUGGAUGCAGGAGCCUAAAAGUGAAAAGGAUGAUGACUACUGCCGCCGCAUCAAUGAAGCAUUGAACAACCCACCGACGUCCGGAGGCCGCGGGGGAGGAGGAGGUGGAGCACAAGAUGGAGAACUACAAAAUCUGCUCAACAACAUGUCGCAGCAACAACUCAUGCAGCUCUUCGGAGGCGUUGGCCAGAUUGGAGGCUUGUCGUCCCUUCUUGGAACUAUGGGGAACAAUAGCAGUAGUUCGGGCAGCGGGGGCAGCACGCGCGCGUCCGGCGGCAGUAGCGCGAGUUCCCGCGGGGGAAGUGCGCCUCGCACCAGCGAGCCUGCCUCCACCCCCGCCCCGGCCUCUGCUGCUGCCUCCGCCCCAGCCCCCGCCCCCGCCGCGCCCGCGCGCGCCGUGCCCCGACGCGACCCGGCCCCCGCCGCCACCCCGCCCAACACUGCCAGCGCCACACAACCACGCAGCGGACAGAUCUUCCUAUCCGACUUGCAGCGCUACUUCUCGGCUUUAGGCACCGCCCCUCCGGAUGCAGCUGGUGCCGGGGGCGCGGCGGGAGCGGAGGGCGUGGCCGGUAGCCCCGGCGCCGGGGGCAACCGGCUGGAGCUGGGCCCCGCGCUCGCCUCCUCCGACGUGGUGGCGACAGCCAGCGAGCCCCGCAACGCGCAGCGCCUGGCGCCGCACCUGCCGGCCACGGGCGCCGCGCCCGACGCCGCCGCUGGCGCCGGCGCCGCCACCGCCGCAGCGUCCGCCGCAGCCAAGGCCCACGACGAUGUAAGGACCACUCUACUCUCACCGCAGUUCGCGCAGGCUGCCAAUCAAUUCUCAGCGGCACUGGCCUCGGGUCAAAUGGGUCCAGUAAUGAACCAGUUCGGUCUGCCAGGGGAGGUGACUUCUGCAGCUAGCACUGGCGAUAUGCAGGCAUUCUUCAAAGCCCUGGAGAAUACCUCCAACGCAUCCGAUUCCUCCAAGAGCCAGGAUGAAGACAAAAAGAAGGAAAAGGCCAAGGAAGAGAAAGAUGGAAAAAAAGACGACGAUGCUGGGAUGUCGUUAGAUUAGAGUCAUUUGGAAAUAUUUAGGGUACAUCUCUAAAGUAUUUUCAAUUUAUAUGCUUUUCAAUAGUAUAGCUUAUAUGUAGUGUUGUCAAUUUCUAGCCUUAUGUAAAGGGUAGUUGCGUUAUAUGUGUAGACAUAUUAAUUAAAUGUUUUACGUCAAUCUACUUAUAUAUCUCAAAAAAUGAUGUAAAGACAUAGUUCACAUUAUUUACUAUUGAUGUCGACGUAUCAUAGCAUUUUGUGGCUUACUGUUUUAUAAUUAUUUUUCUUUGUGUUAUAACCCAUGACUAUAAAUGACGGUUUUUAUUACUUGGAAUAAAAAAGUUCUUAUGUUUUGGUAAGGUU